UGUCCUUUUUAGACAAGCGUCAGCUUUGUGAGACCUCUUCUCAAGUUUUGACCAAUUCACACAUCGACUGCUUGCUGUUCAUUUGACGUGGACAUCAGUUUGAAGAGAGGCUCAGGGUUUCAGCUCGCAUCGGAACAAAUAAAACAAAAUGCCUGGACCAGCAGCAAGUGCAACCAAUGUUGGGGCAUCUAGCCGUUCCCCCAGCAAGACAGUGGCUCCCCGCGCAGCAGGCUCCACAGUCAGACAGAGGAAAGCUACCAGCAGCAGUACACGCAGCGGUGGCAGGACCACAGGAUCGGCAGGCACCGGUGGCAUGUGGCGCUUCUACACAGAAGACUCGCCAGGCCUCAAAGUCGGCCCAGUGCCAGUGUUGGUGAUGAGUCUGCUCUUCAUUGCUUCAGUCUUCAUGCUGCACAUCUGGGGGAAGUACACCCGCUCUUAAACUCUGCCUGAUGACCUCUGACCCUGCGCCUCGGCUUCUUAACGCAUUGGACCUGGACCAAACAACAAAUGAACAACAACCUUAUCCCCUUAGUUCCUUCUCCGCUAUCACUACAACACACACAGACACACAAACUGGAUUUUUAUGCGACCGUUUCAGUACAUGAUUAUCAUCUGCACUGACGUUGGUAUCCACCUUGUUGCUUUUGCUCAUCCUGUGUUUUUAAGAUCUAAUGGGGUGAAUGGGAGAAAGCCAUGCUAGCCCACCUCAGAUGAGAUGUCUGUGUGUGUAUGUGGCCCUCCCUCCAAGCAGCAGCAGCAUGUUCCUGCCUCUGCUGCAUAAAGGUUCAGUGCUCAAGGACUUUGUUGUUUUCGGGCUCCAGCAAACAUUUCUUCUUGUAGCCUGAAUUGAAUUUUUUUUUUGUGAACACCAUUUGUACAAAUGUGAUUGUAAUAUUGUACAAUAAAAAUUUAAAAUCAA